GCGGCAGCCGCUGGAGGAGUUGGGCGGCUGUUUCUCCCUCUCCGCCCGGAGGAGGAGGAAGAGGAGGAAGAAGAGGCUUCGGCUGCCGCCUCUCCGGUCCUCCCCACCCCCUUUCCCCUUCCGCCCCACACCUUUAUGGACGAGCGCCGGAGCUUGCUCUACUCUCCGGCUGCCUCCUCCACCAGCCGGCAUCCGCGGGGCGGCUCGACCAGCAGCCACCACAACCUGGGCUACACCGAGCAGCUGCCCCCCGCCGCCCCCCAGCCGGUCCCCGACCAAGAGGAGGAAGAGGGUGAAGAAGGGGAGGAAGGCAGCAUGACUGUGGUGGGGGGUGGCGGUGGCGGAGACCCUUUGCUGGAAGAGCCACAGCAUCCUCAUCCUUUGCUCGGAGGAGACCGCUACGAUCACCCCCCGACUCCGGCCGCCGUCCCCGCCGGCCAGCCCGCGGGCGGUGGGGAGCACGAGUGCUGUGAGCGGGUGGUGAUCAACAUCUCGGGGUUGCGGUUUGAGACCCAGCUGAAGACACUCUCGCAGUUCCCCGAGACGCUGCUGGGGGACCCACGUAAGAGGAUGCGUUACUUCGACCCCCUCCGCAAUGAGUAUUUUUUCGACCGCAACCGGCCCAGCUUCGAUGCCAUCCUCUACUACUACCAGUCGGGUGGGCGCAUCCGGAGACCCGUCAACGUCCCCAUCGAUAUCUUCUCCGAGGAGAUCCGCUUCUACCAGCUAGGGGAGGAGGCCAUGGAGAAGUUUCGGGAGGAUGAGGGAUUCAUUCGGGAGGAGCAGCGGCCACUUCCCGACAAAGAGUUUCAGCGUCAAGUGUGGCUCCUCUUCGAGUACCCCGAGAGCUCUGGGCCGGCCCGAGGCAUUGCCAUCGUUUCUGUCCUGGUCAUCCUUAUCUCUAUUGUCAUCUUCUGUCUGGAGACCCUGCCUGAAUUCAGGGAUGACCACGACUAUGAGGGAACUGGAGGGACCUUCGGGACGGGCAGUGGCCCUCUCCCACCUGAUGUCUUCACCAACUCCUCGUCCUCGUCUGCUUCCAUGGUGUCGUCCUUCACCGACCCUUUCUUUGUGGUCGAGACUUUGUGCAUCAUCUGGUUCUCCUUCGAGCUGCUGGUCCGCUUCUUUGCCUGCCCCAGCAAGGCCACCUUCUCCAAGAACAUCAUGAACAUCAUUGACAUUGUGGCCAUCAUUCCCUACUUCAUCACGCUGGGCACCGAGCUGGCUGAGAGGCAAGGCAACGGCCAGCAAGCCAUGUCCUUAGCCAUCCUCAGAGUCAUCCGGCUGGUCAGGGUCUUCCGCAUCUUCAAGCUCUCCCGUCACUCCAAGGGGCUGCAGAUCCUGGGGCAGACCCUCAAGGCCAGCAUGCGGGAGCUGGGCUUGCUCAUCUUCUUCCUCUUCAUCGGCGUCAUCCUCUUCUCCAGCGCCGUUUACUUCGCAGAAGCCGAUGACCCCAGUUCAGGUUUCAGUAGCAUCCCCGAUGCCUUCUGGUGGGCGGUGGUGACCAUGACCACAGUGGGCUAUGGGGACAUGCACCCCAUCACUAUUGGGGGCAAGAUUGUGGGGUCCCUCUGUGCCAUCGCGGGGGUGCUAACCAUUGCUCUCCCCGUGCCUGUGAUAGUCUCCAAUUUCAACUAUUUCUACCACCGGGAGACAGAAGGCGAGGAGCAAGCCCAAUACAUGCACGUCGGGAGCUGCCAGCACCUCUCGUCCAGCGAGGAGAUGAGGAAGGCUCGCAGCAAUUCCACCCUCAGCAAGUCCGAGUACAUGGUGAUCGAGGAAGGGGGAAUCAACCACAGUGCAUUCAAACAGGCUGCCUUUAAGACAGGCAACUGCACAACCACAAACAAUCCCAACUGUGUGAACAUCAAAAAGAUCUUUACGGAUGUUUAAAAAAACCAAAACCAAACAAACAGCAACAAAAUCUGAGGAUGCAGUAAAAAAAUAAUAACAAUAAUAAUGCAAAGUGACUGUGUACUCGGUAUUGUGUGGAACAUGCACCAUCGUCGGUCUGUGUGUGCCCUCGUUUUUAUACGUUUAUUUUUUUAGAUCCUUCCUUUCUAAAGAUCCAAAAAAAAAAAAAAAAGGAUUUAAAAUUCUCCGAAGAAGAGGACAGCUAAAGGGUAAAGAGAAGGAAGAUGAAGACAAAACACACUCACCGUCGAAACAGGUGUUUGUUCUUCAACGUGUUGCAGGGCUGCUUUUGUUUUCCUGUUUUUGGGGACCUCUUGCUUUGCUCCCGAAUUUCCCCCCCCCUUUCCCUAAAGGCAGCGUGUAGCCGAUUUCCCUUCCAUCACAUAAAGUCACUUGUUGGAUUAACAAACCCGGAUUGGGUGGGGAGAUGAGGAAAACAUGUUGCAGAGCGUACUGGAAGGGGGUUGGGAGGAAACAACCAUUUAAUUUUGCAGAGUCUCUGUUACCACAUUGUUAAAUGAUGCUUAAUAUUAAAAUGUGUGGUGUGCCAUUACGGGCACAGCACAGUUUCCCAUUUCUCCCCCGUUAGUUUAUGAAAUUCUAAUCUGGUCGGAGACCGUGUGCAAUCGGUGCUGAUCUAAAUAGAAAAAAACCCCAACCAGCCCUUGUUUUCUAUUCUUAAUUUUCUUCCCCUGUAACCCUACGGCAUUAUUUUAUCUAAUGUCAGAUUUGCGGCCGUGCAGCGGGUCUGUGUGCGGGGAGGAGGGAGGCAAAAGGCACAAUGGAACAGUUUAGGAGCCAGCGGAGCGCUGGGAGUGAUGCCGGUGUGGACCGGGGGAUGCAGGAUCCGUGACGGGCUUCUCGCCGUGGCUCUGCAGCCUCAAACCCACCCAGCUGGAGACAAAGGGAUAUUUCCUCUUUUUUUUUUUUUUUUUUUUUUUUUUUCCCAAUGCGUUUGGGAGAGAUGCAGCCGCUUAUCGCAAGAAGAUUAAAGUGGCGAACACGCCUUCCAGCGGAAGUCACUAAUUCAGACUGGAGUGAUGCAGUUGCUAUGGCAACCCUGGUUUCCUGGGAAACCCCCAAAGGUUGUCAUGGCAUCCCUUCUCCCAUCCCCCUCGGUCCUCGCUCUUCCCGCAAAAAACCUUUUCCAGAUGGUUCCAGCCCUGUCAUCCCGCAGGACACCGUAACUCUGCCGCGCUCUGUGACACCAUCCUGGCACCCCCUUCCCGGGCCACAUCCCCCCCGCAGCUCCCCCUGUGCCGAAUAAAGCACCCGUAGGCAAUAAGCACACCACAAACCCACCUCUCCUUCGCAGAGGAGCUCACACCUUGGCAGUGAAAUCUGAGGAUGGAGUCUCAUCCUGCAAAGCCGAGAACCAGCCCGUGCUCCCCCUGCGCCGCACGACACCCGGCGCUUUCCCCAAACCUGGUGCGAAAUGGUGCUGAGCAGCAAGUGGGAAAGGUCGGCUGAGAAACCCCGGCAGCUUUUUAAAGCAAGAGGGACACAUCUAUAAAGAUCAGGAUUGAAAAGUAACCAAAACCCCGCCGGGGAAAACACACCGGCUUCGUCUUUACGUGUGCACCAGGGGCCACAGGAACAUCUGAUGGGAUCAGAUAACAGAAGAAGUUUCAAAAUUAAGACCUUCAGGACUGUGUUGAGAAAUAAAACGUCUCCAAGGAAAUGACAAAUGACACGGACACGAUGACUGAUGCUGCUGUGGACCCAACCGACGGAGGGAUCACUCCACGAAAAACUAAGGAAAAAUAGAAUUUCCAGGGGUGGAAGAGAUAUAAAAAUCCAUUCCUGGCUGGUUGUGUCCCUGCUUCAUUUCAUGAGAACCCAUGUGACCUUCUCUGCUGUCCCACAGUACUUCAGUCCCGAGGAAAUAUUAUAGUAUUGUUUUGCUAAUACUAUAAUAAACGGGAAGCUUGUCCCUCCUUUGCCCAUUGCUGUUUCAUUUUGCAGGCUGAGGGGAUAUUUUGUGGCAGGUUAAGAACUGUGAGUUGCCCGUGCUGGGCUGCAAAGCUGUUAAAAAUGGGGUUUCUAUAACCUCGCUGCAUUUCCUAGGACCGUAUGGCUAAACGUAGAUGCAAACGCCAAAGGGGUUGAUGGUCUCUCCUUCUGGCUUCCCCCCCUCGCCCCAGCCUCAUCCACCUCCGCACGCUGCCUCCAUCCAGCUUGGAGACUAAAACCCACCCAGCACAUACUCUGUCGGAGGAGCAAGACGAAACUCACAACAGCAUUGGACUUCUGGGGGAAAAUAAUGUUGGUGAGACUCAGGCGAGCAUGGGAACCUCUGUGUCUGCAUGGCAAUAAUUCACUGGGGAUGGUUCAGGGAAUGUUAGUUUGGACUGGACCAAACAGAGUGAGAUGGAGCUUACUCUGAAGCUCAAGGGGAGGUAACGGGCCAAAAUCAUUAGGCAUGUGAAGUAGAUUCUUGAAUUUUUCUAUUUUGAUUACUUUGGGUCCAUGUCCAAGGACAAGCCUGGAGAUCCCACCAGGUACUUGGAAAGUGGAGCAAGGACCACUCUGCCUGGAGGGCAGCACCAAAACCUGGAUCCUUCACCAAACACAGCUAUUUACCUGCUUUUCAAACCAGAUCCCAGGCAGGAGAUAGGGAAAAUCCACAGGAGAUAAAUGUGGGAUGCUUCAAGGCAUAACCCAAGUGAGGACGCACUUAAAAUAAACACCCUACCUAGAAAAAAGGCUCUGAAAUGGGAGGACUUGGGGGAAUAUUUGUGGCAAAGCAACUGGCCAUCUGCACCACGUGUCUCUCCUUGCAGCAGAGCUUUGAAGAAGAAUGAAACCCAGGUGGGUUUCUGAGCCAUCGUGCGGGGCUGGGAUCACUCUGGACCUGUCUGUAGUUCAGCAGAAGUCGUCCUCCUUUCUGGCUGUCUAAGCCCCACAUGCAAACUUCAGCUGCAAUUAGGACUGAGAAAUUCCCUUAAGAGUGGGGAAGUGGUGUGGUUCUUAACAGAAUGCGUCGACUUUGGGGAGGUCACGUUUAUUUUGUUUGGUUUUUAAACACUGAUAAUUUCUUGGCUUGAAUUCCUCUGUCACGGCAUGUACAUCAUUGGUGAUGGAGACCUUGUUCAUGGGAGCAGGGCUUGGGAGCCCCAAAGAAAAAAAUCUCUGGGGCUCUGUAUAGGUGCAGGCUGGGGAGAACAGGCUGAGAUGGCAAG